AUUUCGUUGAGAAAUAAAAUUUCGUCUAAAAUGAGUAUGUACUUCGCGCAUGCGCAAUCAGUGUGCUUCCACUUCAUGGCGCAUACAGUCUACGCGUAGCGUUGACAAUUUCUUAAAUCGCCGAUAUUUCCACGACUUCCACCCGUACGGUGAUAUUUAUGGUGUGGAUUUUGAGUGUUCAGUUUAUAAAUCGUGCGUGGCACGUUAUUUUUGCAAACUUUUCUAUAUUCAGUGAUAUUUUUGUGUUAUUUUCACUGCACGUGGUGCGGUACACUUAGUGUCAUUAGUUUUCACGAUAUGGCCGACUCGGCAAAAGACUCGAAAUCCGAGAAAAAAGGACACGAAAAUACUAAAAAUAAAUCUAGUUCCUCUAAGGGUAAAGCGCCUUUGAAAAAAGUACCCGAUGAUGGAAAUAACAGUGUUCCCGAUGAUUUUUCAACUUGGAAAAAUCUACAAGAAAAUGCAAUUCUUGAAUGUCUUAAAUCUAUUCAGUCUUCUCAGACUGCCUUGGUGAAACGCAUUGAUGAUAUCGAAAAAUCUUUCGAUUACAGUGAGGAUUAUGAUUUUGACCAAGAUUUAGACUUUCGUGACAGUGGUAAUGCACCACCUGCUAAAAGAUUUCGGACGGAGUCCGACCAUGAUUCACAGACAUCAGCUUGUGGCAAUGAUUUAAAUAGCACAUCAGUCAGCAGAUUUUCUAGCCUUGUUAACAAAUUCCAACUAACUGAAACAACCAGCUCGGAUGUUGACUCUGUGUUGGCAGAUAUUGUUUUUGAAUUGUUCAGAAAAGGCAUGAGUGAGGAACAUUUUGAUAAAAUGACAAAAGACGAGAGCUCAGCUCGGCCUUCAAAUUGUGAAGCACUUAGUGAAGUAAGACUAAAUAAGUUAAUUUGGGACGUAGUUUCAAGUAGAGCCCGAACAAACGACAAAAAACUUCAAAACAUUGAAAAAUCUAUUGUAAAAGCUGGUGUUUUCCUCACCAAGACCAUGGAUAGAGCUGCAAAAUUUGAGAAAGUUCUGACUGAAAAUGAUAUGACUGAUGUUGAUAUGACUGGUUUAAUAGAAGGCUGCAAUGAUGCACUAGCUUUGAUUGGCCAUGCCAAUUACCAAGUCAAUAUGGCACGAAGGGACUUUUUAAGACCUGAACUUCGAGCAGAAUAUACCCACUUGUGCUCUCAUUUGCUGCACUUCACAUCAGAGCUCUUUGGCGAUGACGUUUCAAAGACUGCCAAAGAAAUUGAAGAUUGCAACAAAAUGGGCAAUAGAAUGCACCAGAGUCAGUUUGUAAGAGGCAGAUACAGAGGACGUGGCCAGUUUAGAGGCCAGUUUCGUGGUGGUCGUUGACCAGCCUAUGGUUAUGGUAGAGGUCAACCCAGAUUUGGCCAAUCAGUCGAGCCAAAAAACUUGGUUCGCAGAGGAGCAAGGAAAUAAACACCAAUCAGUGUAAUCGGUCGCUGCGUUUGGAAGAUCCAACAAGACCAGGCUCAAGCAAUAAUAAUUGUACCA